UUAUUAAAGAUGUUGUAGCCAGUUUUAAAAACAAUAGCGAAAAAUUUUAUGCCUCUUUUUACAAAUGUGUUUCCGAGAAUAUUGUUUUCAAAAACUUAUCAAAAAGAGCAUCAGUUAUCCUAGGAUUUGAGUUAGCGAACUAUGUACUUGCCCACCUAACAGGUUCAGUUGUUAAUGGUGAUAUUGCAAAUGUAUCUCCAGGUACAAAUUUUUCACCAAAGGAAAAGCAAAUUAUUAAAUAUCUUGCAGGAUAUGUUUUUGGAACACUUUACAGACGUAUACGUAGAUCGAAACAAAGUCGUAGUAUCUUGAAUCUGCAAAGCAUACAUCUACUUAUUGCUGGUAAAUCAACUGACCAGGAACACGAUACCGAAAUCAAUACACUAGUUCGCAUUAAAGACCGAGGCGGCUUAUGGACAGUAACAUCAGAAGUUUUUGAAAUUUUUUCCAUAGUUGAAUCCCAUUUCCGCCAAGAGUCUAGCACCACGCAUAGAAGUAUUGACAGUAAAAAAAUGGUAUCAUAUCUCUUGAAUAAUGCAAGAAUUUUAUGCAAUUACAACAAAUUAAAAAAUGCUUCAACUGAAGAAGUUAGUAAAGAGAUAGCUUUGAAUUUACUGGAACAUCUUUUCAUGUUGUAUAUUCGUGUUCGUGUAUAUUCACUUGUGAAGGAUAAAUGUCAACGACACAAUGUUAAAUCAAAGGCUAAAAAAUCACGAUCGUUGCGAACUGAAGUAAAAAAAGCAUCAAGCACUUUGGAUCAUGGACAUUAGUCUUGAACAACAGACUAUAAACUUGUUAAAACAGCUAUUUUUAUAGCUACAAACUUAUAAAAAACAUUAUUUUGGAAAGAACGAGAAGUACACGGAAAUAUUCAACCUUUAAAAAGAGUUAUUUGACAAUGUGGCAAAGAUGUAUACACAAAAAAAUGGUCUCAUUAAUUUAACAGAGCCCAUUACAAAAUUGGUUGAUCAGCUCAUUGGUAGGGACAAGCAAAUUAAAAUGAUCUUAAACACAGCACUUCAACAACUUGAAAAGUACAAAAGAAUCAAGCAAAUUAAAGAUGACAUUGAAAAGAAAGACCAUGACAUUUUGCUGUUGCAAAGUCAAUUAAAAGAAGCUGAAACUGUCCUGGCAACGGCUCUCUUUCAAGCUGAUAAAAAACUUGAAGCAACUGAGCAAGCUAAAGAAGCAUCAGUGUCUUGUGAGGAAUUGAUAAAAUUUGCAUUUCGAAUUAGUAGCGGAAAUUCUGUUGAAGCACCUCCUGAUUGGCUUCCAGGCGAUCCAAGACGACCCUAUCCUUUGGAUAUUGAAAUGCGCUGUGGGGCAUUGGGUCAAAUGUCCCAAAAAAUUCCUCCUUCGAAUGGCAAAAGCAACUUCAUCUCAAAUCCAAUAGACAUGACCGAUGAUUUUAAAAGCGAAAGCCUCCUAGAACGUCAAGACUCUCUCCCAUCUCGAAAUGAAUCAACUACUUCAAGAAAUAGUGGUAUUUGGCAAGCUCCAUCUGAAGAUGUGAGAUUGUCGCUUUCUUUAAAUGACUGCUGCAGAGAAAGUUCAAUGUCGACUAAUCGUUCUUUUAUUUCUUUCACUUGUUUGUAUUUAAAAGUUUUGGACAGUCGCUUUAUAAGCUUACGACGCUGCCUCAUUAGUACACGACGAUCUCUUGGCGCACUUAGCUACGAUGCCUGUUUCUGCAAUGAUGUCUUUACCUGCGAAUGGGGAUGCUGGAGUGGAGGAGGUAGAGUUUAUGUCGACUUCAUCAGAUUCCUCUUCAAGUGGAGAGAGCAGUUAGACUUUCCGAUAGUUACACAAUGUUAACGAGCAAGCAAUUCUAUAGAUGUUCAUGCAAACUUCGAAGAAAGGGGAUGUUUGGAAAUAAUUCAAUAACUAAAUAAACAUGAAUAAUUUUUAGUAUGAACAUAACCAAUAAAAUACAAUCAAAUUUUUAACCUA